AUUUCAAUUCAUUCUUCUACGGGGCAUCUCGUUUGCAAGACGUGAAUUGAGCCGGUGAUCGAAUAGGAGAAAGCUAUUAUCUUUCCCUGGUCUUCAAUUGAUUCUUAGGAUUAGGAAAAUUUGUGUUUGAUUUUUGAAUAAAAUAUAAAAUUAUAAUCCUCUGAAUAUUGCUCAUAAGAUAAAAGAGCUCAAUAUAGUAAAAUAGUUGUAAGGAAUCCUACUGAUUAGCUAAGUCUAAAAAUAAUUAGAACUGCCUUAGUGAAUUCGUAUACUUAUUUUUGUUGAUAAUGUGCUAAAACAAUUUAAACGAACUCAUUAAACAGUUUAUAUUGUGAUCUAUAUUGUGUUAAAGCUUGGGAAAAGCUAAUGGAACUAUGAUACGCCAUUUUGUAUUACAAGCGGGGCGUGGCACGGUAUAGUGCGACACGUCAUCCACAUGUUGAAAUAUUAAAACGCAGUACAUUCACAAAAUUAAAAUGCCACGGAUUGAACCAAUAAGAUUGCUGAAUUGUUUGAGAGUUCUUCUUUCCGACUCUGGCGGCAUCAAAGAUGUUUCAGUUAUUGGUCCUCUUGCAAGAUUAAUGACCACAUAUUCAAAAAAGCUGGUGUCUAAAUGUAUUUAUAUACAGAUUUUAAAAUGUACAGACUUAGAAUUAUUAGCUUUGUUUAUGGGUUGUGGUGGUUGGCGAUUAGUACAUAUGUGGCUAACAGAAAGUAUAGUAGCACAAAAUUGGCCCCUUGUACGAGAAUUGUUAGAAUUACUCUUACUUUGUCCUGUGGAUAUUGAAAGACUAAAAACAAAUAAUAAUCCAAAACUAGUUAAGGAGUUAUCAAAAGAUGGCAAUCAUUUCGAUAUCAGAGUUCUAGCAUCAAAGUUGGUGGAGCAAUGGCUAAAAAUUGUCAAAGGUGAACAAGUUACUUUAAUAUCUAUAUCAGAUAUUCCUCAAAUUAUUGCAAAAGCACAAGAAGCAAAAUCAGAAGUAGUUAAACCUGAAAUUUUUGAGAAUGGUAAUGUUGAUAACUCGAAUGAGGUUAAGUGCGAUGAGUCAAAUAAUACCAGCUAUAUAGAUGCAAAUGAAAGUAUAAAGGAAGAAAGUCCACCUGAAGAAGAAGAUACUUCUGUUGCUGACAACUUAUCUGAAGUCAAAGAGACAGUAGAAUCAGAUAGGGAACAAGAAGCUAUACCUAUUAUAAAAUUAAGUUUGAAAAAUGGAAAACAAAUUAUAACACAGGUUGAGGUUGACAAAAGCCAGAAAAAAGAUUCAUCAUCAGACACAGAAAGAGUAAAAGACAAAUCAAAAAGUAGAAGUAAAGACAAAGAAAAGGAAAAAUCGUCAGAAAGAAGGAGCAGUAGUUCUUCUAAGUCAAGUUCUUCCAAACAUUCUAGCAAAUCAUCCAGUUCUUCAAGUGACAAAAAUAAGCAUCGUUCAAGUAAACAUAGCGAUAGUAAAGAAAAAUCUAAAGAUAAGGAAAAGGAUAAACAUAGGCAUAGCUCUGACAGUUCAAAGUCUAAACAUAGUAGUAGUAGUAGUAGGAAAUCUAGUUCAUCAAGUAGUAAAUCAAAAGAUGAUAAGGAUUCAAAUAAACCAUCUGAAAAAGACAAAGUUAAGGAUGACAAAGAUGAUAAAGCUGAAGAUAAACCACUAGUUCCUUCAAUCCACAAACUGGGCAAGAUUCCAAAGUUGAGUGAUGUCAAAAAAGAAAAACCAUCAAUAUCAAUAGAAGUCAGGAAGCCAGAUGAACCCAAACCUAAAACAGUUAAAACAUUUCAUUCUAGAUUUCGAAAACAUGGUCUGGAAGAAGAAGUUAAACCUCCUCCAUCAAGAGCGAGUUUAUUAAGCAAUAAAAAACCUCCCCCAGCUUUACCACCAACUGUUUCAAUACCUAAAAGACCAUCUCCAGUGCAUAAUGAAACACCACCAGAAAAGAAACCUAAAAUGCUAGAAAUCAAUGAAAUAAAGGAGAAACCGGGUUCUAUAAAAUUAAUACCGGCUAAACCAAAACCGAUGGUACUUCAGGAGAGUGACAUGUUUAUGGACGCUCUAAAUGCUUCUGCAACUAAUAAAAAAGAACCAAAGAAAAGAAAGCGACGGACAAGUGGAUCUAAAGAUGGUAAUCCUUCAAGUGAUGGUUCUCCUCCCCACACACCUACUAUAACAAGUCCUAACAGUGAAAAUAAAUCUGUACCUCCAAGAUUUUAUCAAGAUACUUUAGAUAACGAUGAAAACAAGGAUAGUAAAGAAAAAGCAGAUGAAAAUAAAUCGGAGAAUGAAACUUCUGAUAUUUCUGAAAAUAAUAUAAGUAAAGACAAUAAGAUUGAAGUUGAAGAACCUCAUACGUUAACAAUAAAUGGAAUAAAAGGGGUUCUUUGCUAUCACAAAAGAAAAGGUCCCAAAAAAAGCAUAAAAUGGAAGCCUGAUUCAGAAUUGGAAGAAAUUCAAUACUUUGAACUAGACGAAACUGAAAGAGUGAAUGUUACAAAGACGUUUACGGAUAUGAAAUACUUAGAAAGAGUCCAUGAAAGGGAAGCAUUCCAAAAAGCAAGAAAUCUCAUAAAUGAUGAUGUUAUGGAAGAAAAAACGAGUUGGAAACCUUUAAUUCUCAUAGAUGUUGAAGGCCAAACUCCAGUUGAAUAUGGCAAAAAUAGCAAAGAAAAAGAUAUUCAAGCAAUCCGGCAAAAAGGCACUCUACAACCAUUAUAUUUUUACAAAUCAAUGAUUCCUGAUUCACCACUUGAGCCAGAUGUUGAAACACACACAUAUUCAGAGCCAACUAUUAUACCACUUGAAGAUGUAACAGGAAAUCAAGAUAAUAUAAGCGAUUUCAGAAAUAUGCCAUGGCCAGAACCUAAAGGUAAUGCCCCUCCAACUACAACCAAUAAUACGAACGUUGCUCCAAUAUUUCCUACAAACAUGGCGCAAUUUCCAGCGAGCUUUCCUGGUCCACAAUUUCCAGGUGUUCCUGGUUUUCAAGGACCACCAAUUAUGCCUGGUGAAUGGCCUAAUGGAGUGCCACCUAUGAUGCCAAACGGAAUGCCUGGCACAAUACCAACACCAGGUAUGCCUCCUGGUCCUAUGCCGCCUGGUAAUCUACCACCUGGAUUAAUGGUACCUCCCGAUAAUAUGAUGAUGGGUCCUGAUAUGUUUGGAGGACCUAACCCUAUGUUUCCCGUCGGUCCUGACGGCUUUAAUAUGCAGCAAAAUAUGUUUCCUGUUGAUUUUAACAUGGGUGGACCACAAGGACCACCCGGGCCAGAUGGGUUUCCUGGGCCUGGAAAUUUCCGUGGAGCUAUGCGUGGGCGUGGCGUAGGGGGACAUUGGAGAGGAAAAGCCCCUGGCAACUGGGACAUGUCCCAGAGAGGCCGUGGAGGUCGCGGGGGUGGACGGAAAGCUGUUUGUAUAUAUUUUCAAAGAAAAGGUUCAUGUCGACAGGGUGAUAAUUGUUCAUUUUUACAUCCGGGCGUCAACUGUCCAUUCUAAAUUUCAAUUACCUAAGUGAAUAUAACACAUUAAGAAAUAAUGUACAUAAGAUAUGAAUUAAUUAAUUUUUAUAUUUUUGCCAAAAGACUGCUAUUGUAAAUAUUGUACAAAUAAGUGUAAAUAUCUUAAAUUAAGUACCUAUUCCAAGUUUGUUAUACAAAAUGGUGCAAAUAAAAUAUGUUACAUGAUAAA